AUGGGUUCUCAACUUUGGACGAUUUUUCGGCAACCGUUUAAAACAUCUCAUGAUAGUGCAAUUAUACAACAAAUUAAUCCAGGUGAUGUUAUUUUAUGGGACAAAAGAUUUUUCAUUGGUUUAGAUAAAAACAUACCAUUAUCACACGAAAGCUCUAUUUUUAAAGUUCGAAGAUUCUGUGAGUCAGAUAUUCAUCAAUUUUUCAAGAUGAAUUCAACAAUUGAAAGUCAAAAAAGAUUUCGAUAUUAUUUAUCACAAGUAUCUCCAAUUGGUAGAUACACAAUUCCAGUGUUAAUUAGUCAAGAUAAGCACAUGAAACAUGUAGUUUCUGAAAAGUUAAUAGG